GGCGAAAACAAAGUGUGUGACCAUGUGCACCCUGCGUCCAAAAGUCAUGGAUGAGACGCCCAGUGCUUGUUUUGUCUCGCCAGUGUACACAAAACAACUGCGAUAGACUGCGUCAAAGCCAUUGCGCGGAUCUUUGCAACUUGGACAAUGUCACACUGACGCAAGGUACUGGUAUCUGGAUGCAUUGUGUAGCGGUAUAACAACAUAUUGAACAGAGAGGAAGAUCCACCACCACAAGAUCCAAGACUGACUGACAGUCAUCCGCUGUACUGCAGUAUCUACUACUGCGGGAAAACUGCAGUUUUUCUUUCAUACUCUGCAGGGUUCAUUGCAGAAUACUACUUUGUGAAGGGUCUGAGUCAUUGCUCUGUAUUCUAAGAUGGGCUCCCGACCUGGUGAAGUUCCAGCCCUGGAGGCUGGAGGCUUUACGGCGGGCCUUCUGGGUGGGAUGUCGUCACCCAUGUCGAUAAGGGGUCGCUUCGACUAUGAAGAAGCGCUUGACGAGCCCAUCACACACUCGCCGCCUUCCGAUUUCACAGACUGCAUACUGUGGAAAAACCCCGUCAUUCCAGAGAGGAAAUUUAGACUGUUAGAAGCGGAACCGGAAAAGUCUCCUGCUGUCAAUCCAGCCAUCACAGUGACCAAGGCCAAAGCCACCUCUGUCAUGAGCUCCCUCAUGAUAAAACUCACCCAAGAGAACAUUCAGAGAUUUGAACAGCAAGCAGGCUUGACGUCUGGCUAUCAGCCUCACCAAGGGCUCUCUGUGGAAGACAUCCACUUCCGCCGCAAAGGAGAGGGUUUACCAAAGUUGAAGAUGCCUACUGGGGACUUCAAGGAGGACAGGCUUACGGCAUCAGCUCAAUCCACCCCUUGCGGCACCCCGUCCUGCACCCCCUCCGUCACCCCUGCCGUUACCCCCAGUCCCAGCCCCUACUCCUCCCCAAAGGCCAAUCGCAGGAACUGGUUCAGCAGCCUGAAUCCGGCCCUGUCACUGCCCCCUUCAGAAGCCAGCAGCAGCAUCAGCAGCAGCACCACACCUCCGCCUCCUCCCACCCCCACCUCCUCCACCAGCAUCAGCAGUAGCAGCAGCAGCAGCAGCAUAGUCAGUGAGAUGGGCGGCAACGAGGGCUCAGGAGGUGGCGGCGGAGAGAGGUGGAGCCUCUUCGGCUCCUCGCGUCCUGUCGUCCAGAAGUCCUCCACUGACCCCGGAUCAGAGUCGCCUGGUGGCUUCACGCUGCAGUCGUACUUUGGUCUCCAGAAGUCCGCCACCCUGGAGGAGAUGAAGAGCCAGGUGAGCCUGGACCCCUCGGCCUCCUUCCACGCGCCCAAGAUCGAGAUCAGCGACCUGGACGGCAAGAAGGUGUUGCCCCGGCCGCACAAGCUCAAACACCGGGACAUGAACAUCCUCACGCCCUCUGGCUUCUGACACACUCACUCAACUCACACAAACAUGUACAGUUAACAAGCAUACAUGGCCGCAUAACCCAUAUGACAUAGCAAACUGGAAACAAGCAAGACGACUUCUUCACUCACUCACACAAACAUGUACAGGUAACAAACUUACGUGGCCGCAUAACCAAUAUCACAUAGCAAACUGGAAACGAACAAGACGACUUCUUCACAAACAAAAGCUAUCUAAAAGCAGACUAGUUGGGUGGUUUUGAUUUUUUUUAUUUAUUUUUUUUAAGCCUGUAAUGUUACAUCCCACCUCUCCCGUUCCCUCUGUUCACAUAACCUCACCUGUGGUAGGUAGCCGGUCUACCCUUGUUGAACCCCACCCCCCACUCCAUUCUCCUCUCCCACUCCCUCUCCCACACCCUCUCCCUCCAUUUUCCCUGUGUGUAACUUAGUGAGAAAGUGUCAAAAAGCAAAACGAUGCUCUCACGUCACUAGCAUCCUUUCCCUCACUCGUCCCUUCUCCCUGGUUGUUGUUGUGCGUGUGUGUGUAUAUAUAAUACAGGCUGUUUCAUUCACCCGACAACAGUGCCAAAUAUGUCUAGGAAAAACACCAUUAAAAAAAGGCUAUAACGCCCUAAGGCCAACGAUAGCGAGCAAAAUGGGUUAGCCCGAGUUUCGAGGCUGAGUCUAUGAAGAUGACAGGGUAUCUAUCUUGUGGUUGUUAACCCCCACGUUGCCAAACAUUUCAACAUCUUUUUUUGAGUGUCCCUCUCCCCUCCCUUUUUUGUUAUUUAGAGUAGUGAAUCUCUCACUUUCUUUCACAAAAUGUGUACAUAGAAUACACUUACCAGCACAUUUUGGAUGGUCUGUUUUUUCUUUUUUGUAGAUUUCGCCAUUUGGUAGUAAACGUAGUGAUUUCGCUCUGAUGUUUGUACAUUUCUUGUCUGCCAUAGUGUUGAAGAUGCUGUGACACUAUAACGUGGCUUGAAUAUAAACACUUUUCUUUUUUCCUUUUCUGAUGUAGUGCUUUUUACAUAUUUAUGUGUGAAGUAUAAUUUCUCUGACAGGAAUAGUACUAUUGUUCCAGCAGCUUUGGCAGCCUGUUCUGGAUUAUAAACACAACAAAAUAAUAAUAUAUUUAUCUCGCACAUAUCAUCACUUCCAGCAUUUAAAAAAACCUCAUCUGGUGAUUUUUCACUUGAGUAUGCAACAUGUAUAAGAAUCCAUUGUAAAGGUUUGAAGCACAGGAGAAGAAAAUGAAAAAAGUGGUUUUCCUUUUUAUAUUAGCAUUAUCCUUGAAUGACACAUUUGACUAUUUUGCAAUGUGAAUAAUUUUUUUUAUCAUUCAGAAGUGUGCUGGAGUGCUUUUUUUUUCUUAGGCGGAUAACUGUAAAUAAACUGACCAUAUCCUGAUGA